CAAAAGUCUUCCAUGGGUUUUUUUCCAGUGAACCACCACUCCUAGGAAAUGUGAAAAGUUGGACAAUUGAUCAGAAGAUAUCUCUGCUCUCUCUAAUGAAGAAGCGAAAAGAAUCUUAUGAAGGCUUCAGGAGGAAGAUAACGGAAGAGCUGCUUUUGAAGGUACUGUGCUGCGACCGAGCCAUGGACUCCUGAAAUAAGAGACUUAGAGACUAAAGCUUGCACAACAUUAUUGAUGUCCAUGGAUACUGAACUGCAGGUUACCUUUCCGCCUGAUGCAACAGCCCAACAAAUUUGGGUCCAAAUGGAAAAUUGCUACAGGCCUGUUUCAAUUGAAUCUUCAUGUUUGCUCAUGUCUGAGUUCCAUGGUUCGAGAUUUAAACCUGGUGAACAAAUUGGAGGACAUUUGACCAAACUGAAAGGAAUCAGAAGAGAAUUGAGAGAAAGAGGCUAUAAUAUUGAUGAUAUUCAAAUGAUCAGCAUUAUUAUUAACUCAUUGAAUUAUGAAUGGAAAGAUGCCAUUAGAAAGAUUAUCUAGUGCCUAUUGCUCAACGCACAGUGGACAAUGUAUGCAGACUUUUAAUUGAAGAAGAAGCACUCAUGUUAGCCACUCCACAUUUGAGAGGACCACCCGCAUCAAGAGCUCCAGCUAGGUGCCCCUUCCGAGGAAGGAUCUACGCUCCAAGGAUGCCAAGAUGCAACAUCUGUAAUUGUGUGGGAUAUGCCACCCGGGAUUGUCCCCAACGAGUUCCAGCUCCCAUCUCGUACCAGCCCAGAGGAACAGACUCCAGAGGCAGAGGCGGAGGACAAGGUCGUUGUGGUCCCAGGCAUGAUUCGCAAACUCCACUCGCCACAUUGGCUUUAACCAAUGAUCCACAAUCUCAACCAGAGUACAACAGACGACUCCUGUGGACUUUGGACAGUGGUGCAGCGUUGUAUGUUACUUACAGAAAGAAACUUUUCACAAAGAUUCACGAGCCUGAACCUGAAUUACGUGAACUUUAUUCUUUUUCAAAUCAUCCUUGUCAGGUCAAAGGAAAAGGAACUGUUUAUGUUGAAGAGCUCGAUGCAUUCAUUCCUGAUGUUUAUUAUAUACCAACAGCAACUAGUAAUUUGCUUAGUCAGAGUCACUUGUCUAGAGCAUUAAAGUUCCAGGUUCACCACCUUGAAAAAGCAAGUUACACAGUUAAAGAUGGAGAUAUUGUUGCUGAAACCAUGUUAAUUGGUGGUGUUUGUUACUUAAAGCCAAAGCCUAAAUCGCAAACACAGGCAAGUAUACAAACUCCAAAAGAGGAGAGCACAGGCCCAGAGAGAGAUGCUCCAGUGAGAGAUCCUGUUGCUACUCCAAAGGCUCCUAAAGCCAACAAAAUGAAAAUAAGGAAACAGGUUGCUCAGAGCAAGCCUGAGGUUCCUCAUAAAACUGUUAAUGUUGAGAAUUCACUAACUGGUAAACCUUUGCAUUCCAGGUGUAUCCAUAAAUGGCAUAGAAGAUUGGGGCAUGCCAGUUUCCGUGUUCUUAGGAAGAUGCCGGAGUUCGCAAAAGGUUUGGAUCUAAAGGGGUGUAAGGUGUUUUUGGAUUGUGCUGUCUGCAAAAAGGCCAAAGCAGCAGCCAUUCCCAAAUGCGCUACACGCCUGUCAACACGCAUUUUUGAUUUGGUUCACACUGACAUAGUUGGUCCUUUUCCACCAACACUUGGUGGUAGAAAAUAUAUAUUUUUUUAAAAAAAAUUGAUUUAUAUGCCGCCCUUCUCCGGAGACUCAGGGCGGCUUACAAUGCGUUAAGCAAUAGCCUUCAUACUUUUGCAUAUUUAUACAAAGUCAGCUUAUUGCCCCCACAAACUGGGUCCUUAAUUUACCCAUCUUAGAAAGGAUGAAAGGCUGAGUCGAUCUUGAGCCUGGUGAGAAUUGAACUCGCAGUAAUUGCAGGCAGCUGGAUGUUAAAUGCUGCCUUAGGAGGCAUUAGCCUCCUACGCCACUCAGGCUCCUAUAUUUUCUAACAAUUGUUGAUAAUUACUCUAGAUAUGGAUAUGGAUAUCCUAUGAAAGAAAAAUCUGAGACUUUUCAGAUCUUUAAAGACUUUGCUGCUCUUGUUUCUACCCAACACCAAGUUCGCAUCGCCAGAAUUCAGAGUGAUCGUGGUGCUGAAUUCAUGUCUCAGCAUUUCCAGGACUGGAUGCGUAAGAAUGGAAUUCUUCAUCAGACAUUGGCUCCUUACACACCGGCUCACAACGGGGUCACAGAGAGACGACAAGGGGUCCUGCAAACCAUGAUGCGUUGUCUCCUAGAAGACACUAACCUUAGUAUGCCAUACUGGGGUGAAGCUAUCAAAUAUGCAAAUUACAUUGUCAACCGUACUUGGAGCAGUGUAAUAAAUCAGUCUCCUUUCUUCAUGUUGUAUGGGUACAAGCCCGACCUCAAAAACAUCCAUAUUUUUGGUUCAUAUGCUAUGGUGAACAUUCCCUUAGCUCAAAGAAGAAAAGGAGGUCCAGCAGCAAAGAGACUGAGAUUUAUGGGUAUUGAUGAUAACUCAAAAUGGAGCAAAUUUAUUGACUCUAAACAUGUAAUUGUGAUUUCCCAAUCUGCUAAUUUUGAGGAAGAUGUUGACUGGUCCAAGAUUCAUUCCAAUGAUCCUGGAGUUUAUUUUCCUAGAGAUGAUACUGCUGAUGCUGCGCAGAUUGAUAAUCAAGAUUCCACUGGUUCUUCUCAACCUGAUGUUCCGUCUUCGCAAGCCGCGGAUGCUGACACUAGCAACGAAUGUGAGGACGAGGACGAAGCAGAAGACUGGACUGUUGUUCCGAGACUUCCAAGAGGGCCACAAAGGGAAUCCCUCCACAACGAUAUUCUUGGCAACUGACAAAAGCACCCUUGCCUUUGAUUUGCAAUGUUACACUUCCACCUGAUAAUUUCACGCAAAUCAAACAUCUUUCUGAUUCAGAGCAAGACAAAUGGUAUGAGGCAAUGCAGGUUGAAAUGGACAGUCUAAAGAAACUUAAAGUGUUUACACCUGCAAAACCUCCAGCAAAUAAAAAGGUCAUUGGCACUCGAUGGGUCUACAGAAUCAAAAAGAAGCCAAAUGGUGAGUCACUGUACAAGGCCAGACUUGUAGCUCAGGGUUUCGCUCAACGUUAUCCUGAGGCCUACACAAAUACCUACUCACCGACAGUCAGAACUGAGAGUGUAAAAAUUGCUUUAGCAACUGCAACUAUUCUUGGUUUAGAAGUUUUCCAGUUCGAUGUUGACACGGCUUAUCUACAUGCAGACUUAGAUGAAGAGAUCUAUGUGAGAGGUCCUCCAGGGUUCCGACAGCAAGAAGGGGAUACCUGGUUUCUAAACAAGAGUCUUUAUGGUCUGAAACAGUCUGGUUUAAUGUGGUACUUAUGUCUUACUGACAAACUAAAUUCAAUGGGCUUUAUUAAGUCCGAAACUGAUGAGUGCGUGUUCACAAAAAGAUCUAACAAUGCAUAUGAGAUAAUUCUUGUUUAUGUUGAUGAUAUUGUUUAUAUUGGUCCAAAUAAGCAAAUGAGUGAAAUUUUUGCCAAAGCUUUGCAGAGAUACUUCACAUUGAAAUCAUUGGGUCACAUUAGCACUUAUUUAGGUGUUCAGAUUGACAAAACACAGAAGGGGUUUAGUCUUUCACAAGAGGAUAAAAUUGAAUAAAUUUUGCAUCAUUGCAACAUGAAGGAUGCUAACACAACAAAGACACCCAUGCAAACAGAUUUUCACAACUUGACACAUGAAGCAAGUCCUGAGUUCGAGGAUCAAACACUUUAUCAUUCAGUUAUUGGGUCACUAUUGUACAUUAGUAGUUGGACCAGACCUGACAUUGCACUUAGUGUUGAUCUCUUGUCUCGACAUGUAGGUAAGGCAAAACAGUUUCAUUGGUCAUAUGUUAAGAAAUUAUUGAAAUACCUAAAGCACACUAAACAUAUGAAAUUAUUGUUAGAACCAAUACAUACUGAUUAUGCAGAAUUAUGUUGUUAUGCAGAUUCUGAUUGGGCGAGUGAUAAGAAAUCACGUAAAAGUACUUCAGGUUAUAUGAUGUUCUUAAAUGGAUGUCCUGUUUAUUGGCAAGUGUGUAAACAGAAUUUUGUUUCUUGUUCAUCUACUGAAGCUGAAUAUGCUUGUGUUUCAGAUGCAUGUAAUUCUCUAACAUGGUUUGAUGCUUUGGUCACAGAUAUCUGGACACGUCCAAUCCGACUGAUCACAGUGAUGGAAGACAAUGAAUCGGUGGUUUAUAUUUCUGAAUCACAUUUCACAGGUUCUAGGUCCAGACACACUGACAUCCGUUAUCAAAACAUAAAACAAUUAGUGAAAAAAGGUUUUGUUAAAUUGCAGUAUGUAUCUACACAUGAUCAGAUUGCAGACAUGCUCAACAAACCGCUUCCAGCAGCUCAACAUGAGUAUCUGUGUAAGAAGAUGUGCCUUAUUUGAUGAUGUACCUGAUAUUCGCUCAACUGGCAAAAGAAGGGGUUGUCACUGCGUUUUUGUAUUUACCAGAAGAACUCAUAUUUUUGGACUGUCAGACUUUCCGUAGCUUGCCAAGUCCUUAUCUCUGAUCCACUACGCAUGUCCGCAUUCCUUCACUUUCCUUCCUAACUUUCUUUGUUCUCCUGCCAGGAGAGGUCCAGUCGCAGAGAGGUGGCCGGAUCUUUGCCAAAAUGUAAUUAUUUAGAUAGUGAGAUGUUUUAUUUUCUUUAUAACAAAUAAAUGAGUUUUUCUUAG